AAAUCGUCCCCGGUCCGACAGCCUGCCCCUGUAGUUCCACAACACGCGUGUGUCCGGUUGUCUCCCAAACGUCUGUGCCAUGAGUGCUGACAACUGUGGUGGAAAUGUGUCUGUGCCUUUACGAAAUCUCCUGAACUCCGUCCAGUGUAUCAGAGACCGAGUCAGAGAUGGCGAGUCCAAUGAGUCAGACGGAGCGUUCAACCUCUCCAACUUCUGGGACACUCUGAACCAGGCAGUGAAGGCUGUGUCUCAGGAAGCUACUAAACUCAGCCUGGCCUUCUCCAAACCCCCACUGCCAUCGCAACAGGAUGGAGAGAAGUUGGCAGAGUCCAUCCUGAAGAGUGUCCUGACCUUCUCUACAGUGUAUUACUGGCUACCUAAGAGCCAAGGUGUCAGUAUGCGACGGCAGGUCAGAGAUGCCACGGUCGAGGUUUUGGAGGGAGUAGCACAGCUGGUGGAGGUCAUACUGAGCUCACCGCUACAGAGUCUGACCCAGGAACAGUUGACAUCAACAGGAGGUGUGUGGUCAGCCUGCGACCAUUUCGUCCAGUUGCCACAAGAUAAUAAAGCAGCAGUGCUGGUGGUUCUGUCUGCUCAGGCUGGAGUUGUGAAAGACGCCAUAGAGGAAAUUGAACAGGCCUUAUCUGAGGCCCAGGAUCCGUUCAGCGACGUCCUCAUCGAUGACCUGGAAGGGGAUGAGCCCCGCGGCAACCAGGACACAUACUGGUCAGAGAGGGACCGGUGUGUGAUCGCGCCGUGCCAGGGGCUGAUGAAGGCGUCAGCGGCGUGCCUGAGGAAGCUGACAUCAGCCGUCAAAGCCAACGGUGACAUUACCACGCCUCAGAACCUGUCCCAACUCGACGACCUGGCUGACAUCGCCAAGGAAAUUAGCCCUGAUAUUGAUGACCUGGCUCUCAGUCUGUACCCGCCCAUGGACUACAGCGGAGUAGAGAACAAUGUGUCUAAAUUGGCAGCGCUGUUAAAGAAAGUUCUGGAGAUCAUCAGGUCCAGUCAUGUGGGCGGGGAGUCGGAGCUGACCUGGGUUCAGUUCUUAGAUGGAGCCGUCGAUCACAACCUGCAGAAAGCCAGAGGCCUUAUUCAUCAGGACAGCUAGUGUCUCUGUGUAAUUAGAGGUGUGUCUGCUGUGUGGUGUUAUGUGCCAGUGAAUGGAAUAAUUGCUGCAGUGGUGUGCGCGCGUGUGUGUGGUACAAGAACAAAAGUGGAUUUCUAAGAAUAUCGGCGUGCUUACAAGCACAUGCAUGUACAACAAAUACUAAUUAAAGAAAGGAUUUAUGUCUUUACAUGAGCUACGUGAAGAAGUUUCAUUAGCCCUUUAGAUCAGAGUCAUAACCCUGGUCUGCUUUGAAAGGCAACUCUUUACAACAAUUUACAAUCAAGUUUUUUUUUUUUGCCUAAAUGUAGUUAUUUAUGUUUGCUAUAAAAAAAAACUGCCACAAGUCAGUUUGGAUGAUAGUGUAACUUAGGCUGACUGAAGCCUCAUUGAGAUAACAGUGUUCUGAAAAUAAGCCUGACUUAGUCAAAUAAACCUGGUUUGACUGCUGAUCUUGGUUUAUGAAACAUUCCUUUGAGAUUUCAUCAAUAAAAGCAUCACAUUUCUGCA